CUGAAUUGCUAAUCUGCCCCAAGCUAAGCAAACGGUAAUGGUCCUGCUGUUUCGGUGACGCAUAUGUUUUAUUUUAUAUAUAUAUAUAUAUAUAUUAUUUUCUCAGCGGGAUAAGGGGCAGAUCCGGCCGCGGUCCAGGAAUCGUCUUUCUGUUCGCAGAGGGCUGCUUAUUGCCGCGAUGGCCUCGUCUUCCUCUAGCCCUCCCCAGUUCCGAGCCGUCUCUCACCUGAUCUUUGACAUGGACGGCCUGCUCUUGGACACCGAGCGCCUUUACACGGUCGUCUACCAAGAAAUCUGUCAGCGUUUUGGCAAGACGUACACUUGGGAUGUGAAAUCCUUAGCCAUGGGCAAGAAAGCUCUGGAGGGGGCAGCGAUCAUUCGCGAGGCGCUGGAUCUGCCUCUCAGCGCCGAAGAACUCUUGCGGGAAUGCAAAAUCGAGCAAGAAAAAGUCUUCCCCUCGGCGGCCUUGAUGCCGGGGGUGGAAAAACUCGUCCGCCACCUGCAUCGACACGAGAUCCCCAUCGCUGUCGCCACCAGCUCGUCCCGAGCCUCCUUCGAAGUGAAGACCGGCCACCACAAGGCCUUCUUUAGUCUGUUUCAUCACAUCGUCUUGGGAGACGACCCAGAAGUGAAGGAAGGCAAGCCGCGGCCCGAUGUGUUCUUAGCCUGCGCCAGGAGGUUCGACCCGCCGCCCAAGCUGGGCGAGUGCCUUGUCUUUGAGGACGCUCCCAAUGGGGUCCAAGCAGCGCUGACCGCCGGCAUGCAAGUGGUUAUGAUCCCCGAUGAAAACCUGGAUCGAGAUCUGACCAAGGGAGCGACCCUCGUGUUGGACUCGAUGGCCGAUUUCAAGCCGGAACUGUUUGGCUUACCCCCAUUGGAUUAAGACUUUUGUGUUUUUCUUGGUUUCGAAUUGUAAUGAUUUAGGGCCAAGCUACAAGUGACGAAUGACACUUGAACGGCAAGUGUAUUUCUCCCUGUUCACUUGCCCUCCACUCAAUCCACUUGCCCUUCAAGUGUCAUUCGUCAUGUGUAGCUUGGCCCUAAGUCUUCCUGAUUUGGGGUGGGAAGACUUUUUUAAAAAAUUCAGCAGCCUGAGUCUAAUCAAAAUCAUAUGUUCUAUUUCUGUAAAGCCUUCCUGAUUUGGAGUGAGAAGGCUUUUUUUUAAAUUCAGAAGCAUACGUCUGAUCAAAAUCAUAUAUUCUAUUUCUAUAAAGUUUACUCAUUGAUUCAAAGCCAGGAGAGAUAACUGGAAAUAUGGGUAGGCUGUAUAUACACGACAAGGAUUUGGGGGCCUUUUAAAAACCUACACUCCCUUUUUUUGCAUGUGUAUAUGGGUCUGAAUUAUAUCUGUUGUAUUGUUUUGUUUACUGUUCCAUGUCUGCUACACUUUGGGCUUUUCAUUCUCACAGUAAGUGCACUCUUCGUAAUUCCCACGUUCAGCUCCGAUAGGGUCAAAUAGAAACUCUUCAGCAUUUUGCAGAAAAAUGUUUAUUGGCAUGGAUUUCAUGCAGGCCCAUUUUUACUUGGCAUUAAAAUGCUUUAAAAAAAUAAAUGAUUACCUCUCUCGAAAUUGCAACCAUGUAAUUGUGUGGGAAAUACUAUAAGACUGUCUAUUUCCUUCCCUCUACUGGUUUCCCACAUAUUCCUGCUGUUUUGUAACAAAAGAAUAACUUGCAAAUGUAGCAAAUGACAAGGAAAACUGGUUCUCUAGAACUCUCCUGAAAUAAAGGUUAGGAUCGGUGUUCAAUAGCACCUUAAAGAACAACUAGAUUUCUGAUGUAUGCACUCAUCAGAUACAAGGAUUGGAAAAGGAAGGAGUCUUUAUAAAUCCAAGAGGGUCAUUGUAGAGUGUCAGGAAGCUUCCUAUAAUACAUGUUGUAAUUAGCUUGAUAGAGCAGGGAUGAAAAUCAGCAUCUGUUAUGUGAGAAAAACCCAGUGUCCUGAUUCAACCCAGGGGGAUCCAUUGUUCCAAAUGUGCAAAUGGACUCCAUUUCAGCAAUCUCACCGUAUAAUUUUCCUGUGAAGUUUCUCUGCUUGAGAACUGCUGUUCUUAACUCAGCUGAUAGAAUGUACUGGCAGAUUAAAACCCACUGGUUUUUUUAAUUGUUGUGAUGUUUAUAUCAGAUAUAUGCCCGUUCAUUCUUUUUGCAAGCCCGUUUGCCCAACAGAGAGCAGAAAGGCAUUGCUGACACUUCGUGGCAUAUAUAAUGUUGAAAAAAGAACAAGUGAAUGCGCCUGAGUUGGUAUGGCUGGUGGUAUAAGGUCCAGUGAUUGUGUGGUUGGAGUGAAUGUGGGGACAGAGUGGCAUCUUGGUUUAUUGAAGGUCCUGGUCCCAGAGUUGUAUCCACCUUGGGAAGUGCAUUGUUGUGAGUGAAUUGUUUAAGGUUGUGGGAGCUAGCUGGCUGUGGGCAAACAAAGGUUUGCUUCUCAAUGCCUGUGAGAGCAUUAUCAUUGGCUAGCAAUGUGUUAAACUGGUUUGAGCUGGGAACGGUAUGUGACCUCCAGUGUUGUUCCAUUUGGGCUUAUUUCGUAGCACGUCAUCCCUUGGUAUCAUUCUGGCUUUGUUGAUUUGUUUUCUUUCUACAUCUGGGGGGUAAGUCCAGAAAUCUAGGACAUAGGAUUUUUCUCACAUAAUUUUCUGCACUUGGCAUCCCCGUUCUAUCAAGCUAAAUGCAACAUGUAUUAUAGUUCAUGUUCCAAUACUCUAGUUUAAAAUUCCCCUCCCACCAUUUGCCUGGAUGAUAGACAUGUUCCUUUUUACACUCCUUGUAUCUGAUGAAGGCAGCUUUAACUCUCAAAUACCCUUGGAAUCUAGUUGGCCUUUAAGGUACUAUUGCAGCACAAUCCUAAGAAGAGUUACUCCAGUCUAAGCCUAUUGAUUUCAAUGGGUUUAGACUGCGGGAACUUUGUUUAGGAUUGCACUGCUGGACUGGUAUCUUACUCUUCAAUUGUAGACCAACACGUUUAUCCACCUGAAACUAAAUAAAGAUCAUGAAUGAACCCAA